AUGUCGCCCUCUCCGAGCUCGGCUUCCCUUCGCCAAGAUACGAAGAAGCUCGGUCGAAAUGGGAGCUCCACGAAUAUCCGAAAUGGAGAAAACAGUGCCGCGGCGCAGGCAAUUCCUAACCCUAAACACAUUCCCUGGCUAGAGACCGGGGAGCGCGCCAACAAGGCAUACCUCAAAGCCAGACAAGAGGCCAUCAAGCAUGGCGGUCUGCGCAACAAGUUCCUUCAGAGCGCCGCGCAAGCUUGGAACCGCAAUGACGCAAGGGCUGCCAAAGCCCUGAGCCUCAGAGGUCAGAGCGAGAACGACCUCAUGCGAAAAGCUCAUAGGGAGGCUGCUCGUGAGUUGUACGAGGAGCGUAAUAAGGGCAACGCGAACAGCUUAGAAAUCUACGUCGACCUCCAUGGACUUCACCCUGAGGAAGCAGUAGAGUACCUAGAGCGGGUGUUGAUGGAGAAUGUUAAGGAGAGCAGAUCGAUCUACGCCAUCACAGGUACCGGGCAUCAUAGCAAGAACGGCAAGGAUAAAGUGGGUAAGGCAAUCCGCAACUUUUUGAAUGAGUGGAGGUAUGCCUACCGCGAAUUCUCCGUUCCAGGCGACCGCAACAACAUGGGAGGGAUUCUGGGCAUUGAUGCUCGAAGCUACGACAAGUCGUUGGCUCGCGAAGGGACGUCGAGUGCGGAUGAAAGCAAGGAGGAGGUUGACAUCCUGAGUCAAGGAGUGGAGAUCGGGGAUGGUAAGGUUAGGCUCCUGGUGAGGGACCCUCCCAAGGGUCCUAGUGGGCGGCGAUGA